AAAAAAAAAAACACAUAAGUAUAAAACCAAUAAAGCUAGCCAAAGGAUCUAUGUUUUCCUCAAAUCAAACGUUUCACUUUUGGUACCACUAAUAUAUCAAACCCCUUUGUAUUUGUUUUUUUGUUUUGGUUUUUCCUCUGUCCAAGACUCGAAGCUGUAGUGUAGAGAGGAGGGAGAUGGGUUUUUGUCCGUCGACAAAAUUGAUAAACAUGGCCGCAGAUAAAUUGAUGUGCGGCCGAAAAAGUGUUUAUAAAGAAGUUGGAAAUGACGCGACUGUGAAUAGUGUAUGUCAUUCCCUAAACGACGACAACAAUAACGGGGAGGUGCGACGACAUGAUGAUAGUAUUAAGACGAAGAAGAUUAGAGGGACGGUGGUGUUAAUGAAAAAGAAUACUCUUGAUAUGACUGAUGUCCGAGCUUCGUUGCUUGAUCGUAUUCAUGAACUUGUGGGUAAAGGUGUUUCUAUCCAACUCAUUUUCUCUCAUCCAGAAAAUGGAUUAGGAGGAAAGUUGGGAAAGAUAGCAUACUUAGAAAAAUGGAUUUCAACAAUAACAUCAUUAACGGCUGGAGAAACAACAUUCAAUGUGACAUUUGAAUGGGAUGAGAGUGAGACUGUUCCUGGUGCUUUUAUCAUAAAAAAUCAUCAUCAUAGCCAGUUUUACCUCAAAACUGUAACACUAGAUAUUCCUGGACAUGGCCCUCUACAUUUCGUCUGUAAUUCAUGGGUUUAUCCGGCUCAUCGUUACAAAUACAAUCGCGUCUUCUUUUCUAACAAGAAUUACCUUCCACAUGAGACACCAGAAGCAUUACGCAAAUAUAGGGAAGAAGAGCUAGUGAAUUUACGAGGUGAUGGAAAAGGUAUGCUCAAGGAAUGGGAUAGGGUAUAUGACUACGCUUACUACAAUGACUUAGGAAUGCCUGACAAGGGAGAAGAGUAUGCACGCCCUGCUCUUGGGGGCUCCAAUGAUUACCCCUAUCCACGGAGAGGGAGAACAGGCCGCAAACCAACAAAAGCUGAUCCAAACACAGAAAGCCGAUUGCCUCUUAUCAGUCUUGACAUAUAUGUACCAAGAGAUGAGCAGUUUGGACAUAUCAAAAUGUCAGAUUUUCUGGCAUAUGCCUUAAAAUCUAUUGCUCAGAUAUUACUCCCUGAGCUCAAAUCCAUAUGUGAUAAAACUCCUAAUGAAUUUGACUCAUUUGACCAUGUCAUGAAGCUUUACGAGGGUGGUAUUAAGCUACCAGUCGGGGCACUCACUAAACUCAAAGAUCGGAUUCCUUGGGAAAUGAUUAAGGAACUUGUCCGCACUGAUGGUGAAGAUUUUCUCAAGUUCCCUAUGCCUGAUGUCAUCAAAGAGAAUAAGUCUGCUUGGAGAACUGAUGAAGAGUUUGGACGAGAAAUGCUGGCUGGAGUAAAUCCUGUUCUCAUCUGCCGUCUUCAAGAAUUUCCUCCAAAGAGCAAACUAGACCCAAAACUGUACGGCAAUCAGAACAGUUCAAUAACGAGGGAGCAUAUAGAAAUGUACAUGGAUGGAUACUCAACAGAUAAAGCACUUAAAAACAACAGGUUGUAUAUAUUAGAUCAUCAUGAUUCAUUAAUGCCAUACCUGAGACGAAUUAAUUCUACUCCCACAAAGACAUACGCAUCAAGGACCAUCCUUUUUCUCAAGUAUGAUGGGACACUGAAGCCAUUAGCAAUUGAACUCAGCUUGCCUCAUCCACAAGGUGACAAACAUGGUGCUGUCAGUCAAGUAUAUACUCCUGCUGAAGAGGGUGUUGAAGCCUCUGUGUGGCAAUUAGCUAAAGCUUAUGCCGCUGUCAAUGAUUCUGGUGUUCAUCAGCUCAUAACUCAUUGGUUGUACACCCACGCGGUAAUAGAACCAUUUAUUAUUGCAACAAACAGACAGUUGAGUGUGCUUCACCCAAUUCACAAGCUCCUGCAACCUCAUUUCCGUGAUACAAUGAACAUAAAUGCAUUGGCUAGGCAAAUCCUCAUCAAUGCUGGUGGUGUACUGGAACGAACAGUAUUUCCAGCAAAAUUUGCCAUGGAAUUGUCAUCAUUUGUAUACAAAACAUGGGUAUUCACUGAUGAAGCACUUCCUACUGAUCUUCUCAAGAGAGGGGUGGCAGUUGAGGAUUCCAGCCACCCGCAUGGUCUGAAGCUGUUGAUUGAGGAUUACCCUUUUGCAGUUGACGGGCUUGAAAUCUGGUUCGCAAUUGAAACAUGGGUGAAUGAUUAUUGCUCGUUCUAUUAUCCAACAGACAGUCUAGUAGAAAGAGAUUCUGAAGUUCAAUCUUGGUGGAAUGAGAUCCGUAAUGUAGGGCAUGGUGAUAAAAAAAAUGAACCAUGGUGGGUGGAAAUGAAAACAAGACAUGAUCUUACAAGUACAUGCACCAUCAUUAUAUGGGUAGCUUCUGCCCUGCAUGCUGCUGUCAACUUUGGGCAGUAUCCUUAUGCAGGAUACCUUCCAAACCGCCCUACUGUAAGCAGGCGUUUUAUGCCUCAACCAGGCACUUCAGAAUACGUUGAGCUUGAGUCUGAUCCUGAGAAAGCAUUCUUGAAAACAAUAACAGCUCAACUUCAGACACUUCUUGGUGUUUCCUUGAUUGAGAUAUUAUCGCGUCAUUCCACAGAUGAGGUUUACCUUGGUCAGAGGGAUACCCUUGAGUGGACUUCAGAUGCUGAACCACUAGCUGCAUUUCAGAGAUUUCAGAUGAAGUUGUUGGAUAUUGAAAAGAAUAUUACAGAAAGGAACAAUGAUAACAGAUGGAAGAAUCGACUGGGACUGGUUAAGGUUCCAUACACCUUACUGUAUCCUAACUCGUCGGAUUAUUCAAAAGUUGGGGGACUUACAGGUAAGGGAAUUCCGAAUAGCAUCUCUAUUUGAACUACAAUUUGCCAACAUGGGUAUUUCAAAUUCUAAAAUGCAAAUCAUUAUUAAUUACUCUUUGAAUUUCAUUGCACCUUGAAAAUAUUACUCCGUACUCCCUAAUUGUGAAGGUUUGAUAACAUGUAAUUGGACUCUUAUGUUGUGUACUUCGUAUAAGAUAUGGUUUUACACUUUUUUUGGUUUUA